CGGUGGACUUCACACAAGUUUGUUCAUUGCACUUUAAGCAGCGUUUAAAAUAUUUUUGAGUCAGUCAAACUGCCUAUUUUAACCAACCAUGGAGCGCUCUAAGCAAACACAAAUGAAAGAAAGUGAGAAAGAAACGGCAAGUAUGAAUGGACUGCACUUUGACGCGCGAGGAAAGAUGCCCGGCUGGAGCGCGGGAGGCACCGGUGAGGACGCGAGAGCCGCGACCUCCUCCGUGAUGGAGAGCUGGCGGGAAGAGCGCACUCGGAGCGUGGAGGACAACGAGAUGAGUCUGCCGAGCAUCGCCGCCGCUUACACGACAAUCCUCCGGGGUCUCGGUGAGGAUCCUCAGCGGCAGGGGCUUCUCAAAACCCCGUGGAGAGCCGCCACGGCCAUGCAGUUCUUCACUAAAGGCUAUCAGGAAAAAAUCAUCGAUGUCCUGAAUGAUGCAAUAUUUGAUGAAGAUCACGAUGAGAUGGUGAUCGUUAAAGAUAUUGACAUGUUUUCCAUGUGUGAACAUCAUCUGGUUCCCAUUUUUGGUCGGGUACAUAUAGGUUACCUUCCAAACAAGAGGGUCCUUGGUCUAAGUAAACUGGCACGGAUUGUUGAAAUAUACAGUAGAAGACUGCAAGUUCAAGAGCGAUUGACUAAACAGAUUGCCGUGGCGAUCACUGAAGCACUACAGCCUGCUGGUGUUGGGGUUGUUAUUGAAGCCACUCACAUGUGCAUGGUCAUGAGGGGAGUUCAGAAGAUGAACAGCAAGACGGUGACCAGCACCAUGUUGGGUGUGUUCAGAGAGGACCCCAAAACACGAGACGAGUUCUUGACCCUGAUCAGGAGCUGAGAGGAUUCGUCCCCACCCUCCACUGCCAAAACACUCAGACCAGCCCUCUUCUCAAAUGCCUCGCUGGACCUCUUCGGUUCUGCCCUCAGAACAGACACUGCUGCUGUGUCCUGCUCGUCUAUGGGGUGGUAAAUCCAUCUCUACUGUUUUAUGUGUGUGUGUGUCAGUGGUUGAGGUUUUGUGCUUUGUGGUUCAUCAGGUGUAGACUUGACCGUAAAACUGUCAAGCACCAAACCCACUAAAACGUGUUUAUGUCUCUUUCCUGUCGGGUCACAUUUGCGCUCUAUUUAACGCAAUUGAGUGGUGCAAGAAAGAGGUUUUAUUUUCACGGGAGGUACUUUGUGUCAUUCUGAUAAUUCUGACUAUAUGAAAAACAUCUAAACCUUUGCAUAAGGUACAGGAUACUGUGAUACAGUGAGGGCAUUGGGUGGUAAUACUAUUGUACUGAAUGACUGCCCUUUUUUCCAAAUACAUGGAAUUUCAAAGAUUACCAUAGUAUUACCAAAAAGGAUAGUAUUACCAUUGUACCAUUGUCUAAAAUGCAUGGUACUGAACGAUUAUCCUAUUCAAAUACCAUGAUAUCCAUAUACCAUUAUAUUAUUUAUUAUUAUCAUUGUAUUGAUUAUCAUGGUGCAUCAUUAAAGUUUUUCUAUGUAUUAACACUACAAUGUCUUUUAAUGUAAUAUUUAAUAUAUUCUCCUGUGCAAUUCUGUCCAGACUCAAUGUAUCAUCUGUUCUUAUGCUUAAUGAGGCAAAGUGUUUAUUUCAACGCAGUAUUUACAUAUCGAGUCCUAACAUGUUUUGUGUGCAACGUUGUUACUUUUUUCAUCAGCUGUCUGAAAUGUGUUGGAUGUUGAUUGUUAUAGUGAUGACCAGAUCCAGCCUUUUAAAUGUUCUGUCUUAAUGUGAUAGAUGUUGUUUACACUCUGAAGGUUAUCUUUAUUUGUUGGAAAAACGACCAAAGGUAAGAGGUGCAGUUAAAUGUGCAAUGUGGGAUUUUUAGCGGCAUCUAGCGGUGAGAUUGUGAAUUGCAACCAGCGGCUCAUUCCACACUUCACCGCUCCAUUUAUACACCACUGAUAAUAUAGUUAUUUAUAUUAUAUUGCAUUUCUGUCAAGAGAUCCCUCUUAAUGCCCCACAUUGCACCUUUAUGGUCAAUAGUCGAUUUUGCACAUUUUGAGAGAUAUACAUAAAAUACUUGAUUUCCGAUGACGUGAUUUCCACGUACUUCAAUUAAUGUGAACUUAGGAUUUACAAACUUGAUAAAAAAUAUGAAGGAAACCUACUCAAUAAAAGUUAAGAUAUUCUACAUUUGUAGAGGAUAUUUUGUACAUUUACUCUGACACGUUUACUCUUCUUCGGGUUCUCAUACGUGUGUUUUGAAUUACAGUAGAAUAUUAAAUAUAUAAAUAUGUAUUAUUUUAGAAAAAUAUAUAUUAACAAGAAAAAAUAAUGCCUGUGUAUUUACUUUUUUAUUUUAAAAAUGUCUAUAUAGUUUGAGUUUCUUGUGACUUCAAAUGAGAACAGUGUCUGAGAUGUUUCAUUGUCACGUGUACUUCGAAGCAGUCGAGUCGAUUCAUUAAGAAAAUAAGGACUUUGCUAACUCUAGUGUUAUUAAUGUGGCCUUCUUUGUAGGACUCAAUGCGCCUUUCAGAUACUUCAUACAGUACUUCACAAUUGAUGUAUCGCCAUCUUCAGCUUAAAUAAAUCUAAAAAUGUAAAAUG